AACGUAGCUAAAAAUUUCCAUUCCCAACGUUUCUCCAAAUAUCGUGUAUUUUCGCGCGCAUUCGAACACACCCACCAAGUGUUUGAUUAUUUGCCUCACUCAACAAAGAACAAAACACUUCCUCAUUCAUGAUCCUUUACCACCAUCAUUCUAAACUCUGAUAAAUCCCAAUGAAUUUGAUUCCCAUUUUUCGUGAAUUCAACAAACCAGCAUUUCAAUUUCGCAUUCAAAUUCGUUUCUAUACACGUCGUCGUGACCCUUUUCCCACAAAAAUCACUCACUACCUUAACCGUGCUAAGCUCAUCGAUUCAAUUCGGCUUUCACUACGUUCCAAUAACCCUAAUUCCACACUCUCCACUCUCAUAAACCACCGUUUAUUCGACUCAUUCGUCCUCACUCACGCUCUUCGUUCUGCCCCUUGUGCAGACUCUGCACUUUCCCUUAUUCAUACCAUUGAGAACACAAAAAGUUCCAAUUUUUCACAUACCCAAAAUACCCUUCAUGCUCUUGCUACUGUUCUCGCAAAAUCUGGUAAAUUGGUUGAGCUCAAAUCGCUUAUUGAUGAUAUCGAAAGUAAACGGUUUGGUAAUGUUAAGAUUAGUUUUAUGAAUUUAAUGCAGUGGUAUGCUGCAGCUAAGGAUAUUGAUUCUGUUGUUAGGGUUUGGGAUCAGUAUAGAGUUGAAAGUAGAAUAGUGUGUACUGAAUCUUAUAACAUUGUUAUGACUCUUUAUGUAGAAAUGGGUAAGGAUUCUGAGGCUGUUGGAAUUUUUUGUAAGAUGGUUGAUGACGGGUCGGUUCCGAAUUGUAGAAGUUAUAGUAUAAUAAUUGAGCACCUUGUGAAAUGUAGGAAGUUUUUGGAAGCUAUUGAGGUUUUUAAUUUGUUGCCUUUGAUGAGGAUUAAACGUACUUUGAAACAGUAUUCGGUUCUAAUUGAAGGUUUGGUUGGUAGUAAAAUGUUUGAUGAAGUUGGAGUUUUAGUUAAUGAGAUGCAAGUUGAUGGAAUAUUACCUAGUCGAACAGUGAGUUUGUUAUUGCAGCAGGUGAAGGAUGAAGGAUUUCUUAAGGAUGUGGAUGAAUUGUUUGAAGGGAUUUGCCCGGAUGAAAGAAUCAAGAGUGUAAGUUUUUCUAUUGAUAGCAGUGAUGAGGAUGAGAAUGAGUACAAGGGUGAAAAUGAGAAUGAAGUUUCACAAUGUGAUCAUGUAGAUGGGAUCCGCUUAAAACCUUGGCUGGAUCCGCGGUCUUUGGCUAGUGCCUUACAGAAUUGGAGUCCUGAUGAGGUAUCAGCACUAGAGGGUGCAAAUUUUGUGUGGACAACUAGGUUGGUAUGCAAGAUACUUAGAAGUUUCAGGUCACCGGAUACUGCGUGGAAUUUCUUCUGCUGGGUUGCUGAUCGACCUGGAUUUACUCAUAAUAUAUACACAGUACAAAGAAUCAUGACCCUUCUAGCGCGACAUGGACGUACUGAAUUGGUUGAUAGACUCAUCUUGAAGAUCAGAAUAGAGGGAAUGAGACUACCAUUCAGUACCAUAAGGUUAAUCAUUGACUUUUACGGGAUUUCAAAAAAUGCUGAUGCUGCUCUGAAGGUUUUCAACGAUGAUCAAAUACUUUGUGGGUCUAUAUCGAAAGUUAACUUGAUGCUUCUGUAUUCCUCUCUUUUAAGAACAUUAACCAAGUGUGGAAGGAAUUCCAAUACCCUGGACAUGCUUGAUGAGAUGAUUUUAAAUGGCAUUUGCCCAGAUAUCCAAACAUUUUCAGGUCUAAUGCAGUAUUUUUCACAACUUGGAGACAUUAAAACCGUGCAGAAACUCUUUUCAAUGGUCAGACAGAGCGGUUUCGAGCCAGACGCGUAUCUGUAUAAGGUCCUGAUAGAAGGUUAUUGUAAGUCAACAAGAGCUGCACUGGCUUGGAGACUAUUUGAAGAUAUGAAGAAUUCCGGUUCCAUGCCUGAUUCUGCCACCAAAGAGUUGCUAGUGAAAAGCCUCUGGAAAGAAGGGAGACGGAGAGAGGCCGCAGCUGUUGAAGAGAGCUGCGAGGAAGUAAAUGUGGUCCUUCCACUUGGAUUACCUGGUCAUGUAUGGACUGUCAGCUCUGCAGAUCUCACAAGAGUUUAUAACAUUUAUUCAAAUAGUUUUGUUUCAAAAGGUGCCUAGAGUCAACCAUUGGGCUAUAUGAUAGAGGUGUACUUCUCCAUGCAUGAAAUCUAAGCACAAAAUAUAACAAGCGAAAAACAAUAACCAAGUUCCUUAAACUGUGAUUUAUUUUGGGAGGGGUUGCAAAAAAGUUUAAAGUUGCAGUAAUUUUUCGAGUUUUGAGAAUGUAUUAUUGGCAGGACAUGAGUUGAUGCUCAGGAAUUAGCUCGUGGUCUGAUGGAUAUCGAUCCUUCGUUGUAUUCACUUGGUCAAGUGCAAGAAAUCAUCUUUACACAAUCAUAUAAUGAAUGGACCUUUGGUUGAUGUGUUGAGAGCUACAUUCAGUCCUCUGCUGACUUCUGCAACUUGAGGGGAAUCUAAUGAUUGUCUUAUUGCAAUUAACAAUUCCUUUUAAUUUUUUGACAGAAAGAGUUGGUUACAAAAUCUCAUCUAACAUAUUGUUGAGUUCCUCUUUUUUUUUUUUUUUUUUUUUUUUGUAUAAAAGGGUACAUCUGUUCGCAGCUCUGAAGAUUAAUCCCUCGAAUAGGGUUGGAUAACAUGAACGACAAAUUUGUUUCUUAAGAGUUUUAACACUGUCAUAUUCUUAUGGCAGAAUUCGAACUCGAACCCACUGGUUAAGCUAGAAGUAAGAAGUGACCCAUGCCAUCUCAUUCAAUCGUUCUUGGCUUGUUUUCGGUUUAGAUGAAUAUGAAGUACAAAAAGCUACGCUCAAGCAAAGGAGAGCAGGUAAGAAGGGCAUCUUAUUUUUUUAAUAUAUUAGAUGUCAAGCUUACGUGGCGAUGUAAACACUGUUUCUAUCCGAAUUAGCUAUGUACUAGAAAUAGGGAACAAAUAAUAUAAAUGGUGAGUUUGUCAAGGUGUUUUAAUAUAUUGAAACCAAUGUAACUGGAAGUGUCAACAUUGAAAGCUGUUCAUUGCCUGUAUUAUAUUAUAAUUGCAUAUAUAUAAUGGCAUUAGCCUUUGUUAAA